AUGGCUCAGACUCGCACCGACUAUGACAUGUUGCAACCGAUGAUGCCCAGCAUCACCCCGGCUACUUCCUACAGGCGCAGAGACAUCCUGCCUAGCGCUCCCGGCCGCCCCGCAGCUCUCGCCACUGGUGCUGCAAACAACACCUUCAUCCCCACCAAGGAUGCCGAUGGCAAGUUCCCUUGCCCGCACUGCACCAAGACGUACCUGCAAACCAAGCACUUGAAACGUCAUCUCCUGCGUCACACUGGCGACCGCCCUUACAUGUGUGUUCUCUGCCGCGACACUUUUUCUCGUAGUGAUAUCCUGAAGCGCCACUUUACAAAGUGCUCCAUCCGGAGAGGAAACCCCACCGGAGCUUCCCAUCUUUCUCACCCUCAGGCGUACGUCAAGAAGAAUGCGCAGGCCCACAAUGCUCAAAGCAUGCCUAAUAACAGCAACAUGAGCUUCCACAAUGAUAUGCCCAGUGGCGGCAUGCAGCACCUCUUUGGCAUGUUUCAGGUCCCAAUGGACAUGGACUGCAUGUCUGGCGCGACCGACGUCAACUCUACUGACAGACAAAACAUGCACGACAAUGAAAGCUUCUCCGAUAUGCUCAAAAAUAACAACUCUGUCCAGUUCAGCUUCGACUGGGCAUAG